UGCAUCUGUCCUUUAGUAUAAGAAUAGAUCAAAGAAGAUCAAGCGGCGAAUGCACUACCUGAAAACACAGAUUCAGAUUUUCAGCGGAUAGUCAUUGCUGAUUGUUAAACUCCAUCGUCCAAUGGCGGCUUCAUCAAAAUCCGAAAAAAUUUAUGACGUCUUCUUGAGUUUCAGAGGCACGGAUCUGCGUAACAACUUCGUCGGCCAUCUCUACCAAGCUUUACACCUGAUAGGAAUAUACACUUUCCGGGAUAGCGAAGAAUUGAAAAAGGGAGACCAAAUAUCACCUACGCUUAUGAAGGCCAUCGAAGAAUCAUGCAUCUCAAUCAUCGUUUUCUCCGAGAACUAUGCUUCCUCAACGUGGUGCUUAGAAGAGGUGUCCAAGAUUAUGGAGUGCAACGAGCAAAAGAACCUCACCGUUCUACCAGUGUUUUAUAAAGUGGACCCAAGAGAAGUGAGAGGGGGCAGAAAGAGUUAUCGGAGAGCUCUGGCUAAGCACGAGUCCAAGUUCGGGAAGGAUUCGGAGAAAGUGAAGAGAUGGAAGAAAGCUCUUUCCGAUGCCGGUAGCUUGUCCGGGUGGCAUUUGAAAGAUGGGUAA